AUGGAAAAUGACCCUUUUGUCACUGGUUUAAACUGUGAUAUGGGAUGUUUACUUCUUUUGGAUUUUGGAAUAUCUCAGGCAACACUACUACGAUUAGAUUAUGCGAGGAAUUUGGUAAAGGUGUUAAUUUGGUGUAUUUUAUUAUGGUUUUGUGAAUGUUUGCGAUUAAGUAAUUCAUGUUUAACCUGUGCAGCUUCUGCUGAGGUACGGCAGGCGUACAAACAAUUUAUUGGAGCAGUGGUUGAGUUGAUGGGCGGUGAAGUGGUGUCAGAGGAGUUCCGUGAAGUGGCUUUACGUGUUUAUAGGCUAUUUAGUGCAGCUGAUGAGGAUGACGAGGAUGUAGAUAAUAAGAGGAUUUUUGAGAAGAAGUUGGAGUUGGAAAAACUAUUUGGUAAUGCUGUUUCAGAUGCAAACUUACUGAAAGUUGCAUCCUGGGCAAAGAGUCUUUCUGUUUUACAGAACAAUGAGCACGGGACAGUGUCUUCAUCAGAAUCACAAAAUGGAAAUAACGAGGAUUUGGAAUUUGGUUCAGACCUGGUUUUCCAACAUCCUGCUAGGUUUCUAGUCGAUAUCUCUUUGGGGGAUGCAGAAUUUCCCAUGGAGGAAACAAACACAUCUUCUAGUCAUCAGGAAUGGUCUGAGUAUGGUGAUACUGCAGGCUUCCAACCGUCUGUUAGUGAAAGAAUUUUUGACUUAGAAUGGCUGAGAGAUUCAUGUGAUAAAAUUGUCAAGGAAAGUACUUCACAGUUUCCUCGAGAUGAACUGGCAAUGGCCAUUUGCCGAGUUCUUGAUUCAGAGAAACCUGGUGACGAGAUAGCUGGCGACUUGCUGGAUCUUGCUGGUGAUAGUUCAUUCGAAACAGUUCAAGACCUUAUCCUGCAUAGAAAGGAACUUAUUGAAGCUAUCCACCGGGGACUGCUAGUACUGAAAUCUGACAAAUUAAAUUCAAGCACACAACCACGCAUGCCCAGUUAUGCCACACAGGUUACUGUUCAAACAGAGUCUGAAAGGCAAAUUGAUAAACUUCGCCGCAAGGAGGAAAAGAAGCAAAGACGUGGAACAGAUUAUGGGACUGAGAACGACUUAUCUUCUCUGACUUUUAGUUCUUUACUUCAAGCAAGUGAGAAGAAAAAUCUGUUUGAUGAUUUGGUUGGGCAGGGUGAUGGGCUGCACACAGCCCUUCCUCAGGGCACUGUAAGGAAGCAUUACAAGGGAUAUGAAGAAGUUGUUAUCCCCCCUACACCAACUGCACCAAUGAAACCUGGGGAGAAGCUGAUUGAAAUAAAGGAGUUAGAUGAUUUUGCACAAGCUGCUUUUCAUGGCUACAAGUCUUUGAACCGCAUCCAGAGCAGAAUAUACCAAACAACUUACCAUACUAAUGAGAACAUACUGGUCUGUGCCCCCACAGGUGCUGGAAAAACAAAUAUAGCUAUGAUUGCUAUUUUACAUGAGAUUGGACAACACUUCAGGGAUGGUUAUCUACAUAAAGAUGAAUUCAAGAUAGUUUAUGUUGCUCCUAUGAAGGCAUUAGCUGCUGAGGUCACAUCAACGUUUAGCAAUCGAUUAUCUCCUCUGAAUGUAACUGUGAGAGAACUUACUGGAGAUAUGCAACUCUCUAAAAAUGAACUCAAAGAAACUCAGAUGAUAGUGACAACACCUGAAAAGUGGGAUGUGAUCACUCGGAAAAGCAGCGAUAUGUCACUCUCAAUGCUAGUGAAGCUCUUAAUCAUCGAUGAAGUGCAUCUGUUGAAUGAUGAUAGAGGUUCUGUGAUAGAAGCAUUAGUAGCUCGCACUCUUCGUCAGGUGGAGUCCACACAAAGUAUGAUUCGCAUUGUGGGCCUUUCUGCCACGCUACCCAAUUAUUUGGAGGUUGCACAAUUUCUGAGGGUGAAUCCAGAGGCAGGCUUAUUUUUCUUUGACUCAAGCUACCGCCCAGUACCUCUUGAGCAGAAGUACAUUGGAGUUUCUGAGCAGAACUUUUCAGCUCGCAAUGAAUUGCUGCAUGAAAUAUGCUACAACAAAGUUGUUGAUUCAUUACGGCGAGGGCAUCAGGUUAUGGUUUUUGUUCAUUCACGGAAAGACACUGUAAAAACAGCUGAAAAACUGGUGGAAAUUUCCAGGAAGAACGAGGAUUUCGAUCUUUUCACAAAUGAGUCCCACCCUCAGCAUGGACUUGUUAAGAAAGAAGUAAUGAAGUCCAGAAAUAAGAAUCUUGUCCAACUUUUUGAAUACGGGGUUGGCAUUCAUCAUGCUGGGAUGUUACGUGCUGACAGAGGUCUGACUGAGCGACUCUUCUCACAGGGACUUUUGAGGGUUCUUGUUUGCACGGCUACUUUGGCAUGGGGAGUAAAUCUGCCAGCUCACACUGUUGUAAUUAAGGGAACCCAAAUAUAUGAUGCAAAAGCUGGUGGGUGGCGAGAUUUGGGCAUGCUCGAUGUUAUGCAGAUAUUUGGACGAGCUGGAAGACCCCAAUUUGAUAAAAGUGGUGAAGGAAUUAUAAUCACGAGUCACAACAAAUUAGCCUACUAUCUGCGUCUCCUCACAAGUCAACUCCCCAUUGAAAGUCAGUUUAUCAACUCUUUAAAGGAUAACCUAAAUGCAGAGGUCGCACUGGGCACGGUGACAAAUGUUAAGGAGGCUUGUGCUUGGCUUGGGUAUACAUAUCUCUUUAUAAGGAUGAAAAUGAAUCCUCUGGCAUAUGGUAUUGGAUGGGAUGAGGUAAUUGCAGAUCCUUCAUUGAGCUUAAAGCAAAGAGCUCUGGUAUCAGAUGCUGCACGUGCUCUUGACAAGGCAAAAAUGAUGCGCUUUGAUGAGAAAAGUGGCAACUUCUAUUGCACUGAGCUUGGUCGUAUUGCUAGCCACUUUUAUAUUCAAUAUUCUAGUGUUGAAACUUACAAUGAAAUGUUGAGAUGCCAUAUGAAUGAUAGCGAGGUGAUUGACAUGGUUGCCCAUUCUUCUGAAUUUGAAAAUAUCGUGGUGCGAGAGGAGGAACAGAAUGAGUUGGAAAUGUUGGCUCGCACAUGUCCAUUGGAAAUUAAGGGUGGUCCAUCAAAUAAACAUGGCAAAGUUUCAAUUCUUAUUCAGAUGUAUAUAUCUCGAGGUUUAAUCGAUUCCUUUUCAUUAGUCUCCGAUGCAGCAUAUGUCAGUGCAAGCUUGGCUCGUAUUAUGCGAGCUUUGUUUGAAAUUUGUUUGCGCAGAGGGUGGAGUGAAAUGUCUUCUUUCAUGCUGGAAUAUUGCAAGGCUGUGGAUCGUCAAAUUUGGCCCCAUCAACAUCCUCUAAGACAAUUUGACAAAGAUAUUUCAGCAGAUAUACUGAGGAAACUUGAAGAAAGAAGAGUUGACUUAGAUCACCUGUAUGAAAUGCAUGAGAAAGAUAUUGGAGCUUUGAUUCGCUAUGCACCUGCAGGGAGGUUGGUCAAGCAAUACUUGGGAUAUUUCCCAAUGCUCCACUUAUUUGCUACAGUGAGUCCAAUUACGAGAACAGUUCUGAAGAUUGAUUUGAUCAUUACACCAGAUUUCUCAUGGAAAGAUCGGUUUCAUGGUACUGCCCAGCGCUGGUGGAUUCUAGUGGAGGAUUCCGAGAAUGACCACAUAUACCACUCAGAGCUCUUUACGUUGACAAAGCGGAUGGCCAAUGGGGAACCUCAAAAGCUAUCUUUUACUGUGCCUAUAUUUGAGCCACAUCCUCCUCAAUAUAUUAUUCGUGCAAUUUCAGAUUCGUGGAUGCAUGCUGAGGCUUUUUACACCAUAUCUUUCCAGAACCUUGCGCUACCAGAGGCACAUACGACGCAUACAGAACUUCUUGAUCUGAAACCCCUUCCUGUGACUGCACUUGGCAAUGGAACAUAUGAAGCAUUGUAUAAAUUUUCGCACUUUAAUCCUAUACAGACACAGGCCUUUCAUGUUCUGUAUCAUACGGACCAGAAUGUUCUCUUAGGAGCUCCAACAGGAAGUGGGAAAACCAUAUCAGCUGAGCUUGCUAUGCUCCAUCUGUUUCACACUCAGCCAGAUAUGAAGGUUAUUUAUAUUGCUCCUUUGAAGGCUAUUGUCCGAGAAAGAAUGAAUGAUUGGAAGAAGCAUCUUGUUUCUAAACUUGGAAAACAGAUGGUUGAAAUGACUGGGGAUUAUACACCAGAUAUGACAGCUCUCUUAUCAGCAGACAUCAUAAUUUCUACUCCUGAAAAGUGGGAUGGCAUCAGCCGUAAUUGGCAUAGUCGAGGCUAUGUCAAGAAGGUCGGGCUUAUGAUAUUGGAUGAAAUUCAUUUACUUGGUGCUGAUCGUGGACCCAUUCUGGAGGUGAUUGUCUCCAGAAUGAGAUAUAUAUCCUCACAGACAGAGCGAUCAAUUAGGUUUGUUGGCCUUUCUACAGCAUUGGCAAAUGCACAUGAUUUGGCUGAUUGGCUGGGUGUUGAAGAAAAUGGUCUAUUUAAUUUCAAGCCCAGUGUUAGGCCUGUCCCUCUAGAAGUCCAUAUCCAGGGAUAUCCUGGGAAGUUUUACUGCCCAAGGAUGAAUAGCAUGAAUAAGCCCACCUAUGCUGCUAUAUCUACUCAUUCACCCACAAAACCAGUUCUUAUAUUUGUUUCUUCUCGCCGCCAGACUAGGCUUACUGCCCUGGACCUCAUUCAGUUUGCAGCUUCAGAUGAAUGCCCAAGACAUUUUUUGGGUAUGCCAGAAGAAGCACUUCAGAUGAUACUUUCUCAGGUCACUGACCAGAACCUUAGGCACACUUUGCAGUUUGGUAUUGGGUUACAUCAUGCAGGGUUGAAUGAUAAGGACAGAUCUCUUGUAGAGGAACUUUUUGCAAAUAACAAGAUUCAGGUAUUAGUUUGCACGAGUACAUUAGCUUGGGGUGUAAAUCUUCCAGCUCAUUUAGUUAUUAUAAAGGGAACAGAAUAUUAUGAUGGAAAAGCAAAGAGGUAUGUUGAUUUUCCAAUCACAGAUAUUUUGCAAAUGAUGGGCCGAGCAGGGCGACCACAAUAUGAUCAACAUGGUAAAGCUGUUAUUCUCGUUCAUGAACCAAAAAAGAGCUUCUAUAAAAAGUUUCUCUAUGAGCCAUUUCCAGUUGAAAGUAGCCUAAGAGAGCAGUUGCAUGAUCAUAUCAAUGCUGAGAUAGUUUCUGGAACAAUUUGUCAUAAAGAAGAUGCAAUAUAUUAUCUCACCUGGACAUAUCUGUUCCGCAGAUUGAUGGUUAAUCCAUCUUAUUAUGGGUUAGAGGACAAAGAUCCUGGAACUCUAAGUUCUUACUUGUCAAGCUUAGUGCUAAGCACAUUCGAGGAUCUGGAAGACAGUGGUUGCAUCAAGAUUAAUGAAGACAGGGUCGAGCCCACGAUGUUGGGUUCAACAGCAGCUCAAUAUUAUCUGAAGUACACAACUGUAUCAAUGUUUGGAUCAAAUAUAGGAGCAGAUACAUCACUUGAAGUUUUCCUCCACAUAUUGUCUGGUGCUUCUGAAUAUGAUGAGCUUCCUGUACGGCAUAAUGAAGAAAAUUACAAUGCUGACUUGUCCAACAAGGUUCCCCUUCUGGUGGACAAGAAUCUUCUUGAUGAUCCACACGUGAAAGCAAAUCUUCUUUUUCAGGCACAUUUUUCCCAAGUUGAGCUACCAAUCACUGACUAUGUCACCGAUCUGAAAUCAGUAUUGGAUCAAAGUAUCCGUAUUAUCCAGGCCAUGAUAGAUGUAUGCGCCAACAGCGGAUGGCUCUCUAGUAGCAUCACUUGUAUGCGUUUAUUGCAAAUGGUGAUGCAGGGUUUAUGGUAUGGCAGAGAUUCUCCCCUACGGAUGUUGCCCUGCAUGACAGAUGAUCUCAUUUCUUCAUUGAAUCAGAAAGGAAUCUCAAAUGUCUUGCAAUUGUUGGAUCUUCCCCUGACAUCUUUGCAGGAUGUCACUAGAAGUUCUGUUUCUUCCAGAUUAUAUGAGGAUCUGCUGCAUUUUCCUCGUAUUCAAGCUCAGUUGAAGCUCCAGAGACGAAAUGCUGGUGAUGAACAGUGUAUGAGUCUGAACAUUAGAUUGGAAAAGAAAAACGGUACCAGGAGAACAUUGAGAGCUUUUGUUCCGCGUUUCUCGAAGGUAAAAGACGAAGCUUGGUGGUUGAUCCUCGGAAACACCUCUACUGCUGAACUAUAUUCUUUGAAGAGAGUUUCUUUCCCUGAUAUUUUGCAGACGCACAUGGAUAUACCAUCAACUGUAAACAACUUUCAGGGUAUGAAGCUGAUUCUGGUUUCAGAUUGUUAUCUCGGAUUUGAACGUGAAUAUCCAUUGAAGAACUUGCUCAGUCUCGGCAGUAAGCAUUAGGAUUUUGAGUAAUUGUUGAUUCCCGUGAAGGUGCACAGCUGAUAAUAUCAGUGGCCAAAAGGUUAUGUAAUAUAUAGCAUGAAUGACAUUGUGUUCUAUGGUGUUUUGUUGACUCAUUUCCACCUCGCUAUUAUUAACUUGUUCUGUAAAGGUUGAUUAUCUAAUAUUUACAGACGUUUGGAUACAAUUUUUAAAUUGAGUCAAAGUCAAUCAUUAAUUAAAAUUAUGCAUGCGUAACUACUAUUUUUUCGUAGA